UUAGUUGUGCUUUUACCUCCGACCAGGAAGAAAUAAUAAUAAAAAAAACAUUCCAGCAAUAACAGUGUCAGGCUGAUUUUCCCGAAUGCAUAUGCCGCACACAAUGAUUACGGCGUCUAACCCACACUUCAGGGGUAAAAUUUCUUCUCUAUUAGAGGACUUGUUGGCAGCUGCAGUGACAGAGAUCUGCGAGCUAUUUGAUAAUGAAUUUGCUAGUUUACGUGCUGAAUGCCGAAGAUGCAAGCACUCAAAGGAAGUCGAAAGGAGAACACAGUCAACACCACAUCGUAACAGUUCUUCUAAGAAUGUCCAGCGGUUCACUACCAAAGACAAGGAUCCACCGAGAGGUAUCAGUCGAGGACAAGUUGAACGGGAUACAAAUGGAGACAUGGGAACUCAUUACACCAUACCUCAGUGCAGCCAGAGGGACAUCAGCGCUAGCAACGAAGAAUCCGAACAUGCCAGUCAAGAUAUGGGUACAAAGAUGGAAUUGGUGUCUGUGAAACAGGAAGUUCUUGAAGAGUUUGAACUUCAGAGAGAAGAGCAGGAUGAACAAGAAGAAAUGACUAGUUCAGAUCUUGCCCUGCCUGAUCCUAAUCUGGAUUUGAGCACAUCGCUGUCCCCCCAUACAGGACUAGAAUGGGCCCCUCCUGAAACAUUUAUCCAUUCAGACACCAACUGUGACCCUAAGAUUGAGUCAGAGAACGGCCAUUCCAGUUCUACAAACAGGGACGAAGGAAGUGAAAACAGCGGACAUGACAGUGUAGACUAUUACCACGAACAGCAGAGCACGUGGAACAGUGACAUGGCAGCUGGUAUAUAUCAUGCACCCCAUCCAAAUCCCAUGCAACACAGAGACUGUAGUAGAGAUGGACACGAAGAGGUACAGAGAGAGGAAGUGGAGCUUGGGAAUGCACACUUCACACACUGGACAGCGUCUCCACUAAGGAGUCAGUCAUAUCUGCACAAGCAGUGGUCAAGACACAGAAAACCACCCGGGUCUGUGAGUGUCUUCAAUAUGAAUCUCUCAGGCGCUGUAUCCUUAGACAUGAGGGCAGAGGGUUCUGGGAAUCAACUGAACAUGCCCUUCACAGCAGACCAGGAAAAGAGAUUCACCUGCCUGUUAUGUGGGAAGAGACUCCUGUCCGAGCAGACCCUGAAAUCUCACCAGAAGAUUCACACGGGAUAUGCACCACAUCAGUGCAACCAGUGCGGCAAGAGGUUUUCUCGACUCGAGAACCUCAAGGUGCACCAGAACAUACACACAGGACUCAAACCAUACACCUGCAAAUUCUGUCUGAAGAAUUUCAACGCUCCAAGCAACUUCAACCGACAUAAACGUGCUUGUCUGAAGAGAAAGCUAGCCCAAUUCAGUUUGUAGUAGUCGGAACUUGUUUACGUUGGUGUUAGGCUCAGGUGAAAUGUGUUGUAACGUGUCUUUGUGUGGUGUGAAGUUCAGGUGUAGAGACAGAAUAAUGUUGUAGAUUUGAACACUCAUUACUUAGUUACAUAUGAAACAUUUAUUUAGCAAACCAUUUUAUCCACUCUAGCAACAGUGAACAUAAACAUAGCUUAGUCAAAUGUGUCCGGCCUUAACAGGGACGUUCUUAGGGCAUUCCUUCACCUUCAUGACUGACCCAGUUACCAGACAAGUGGGUCUCUCCGUGUGGCUCACCUAGGAAAUUAUUCCAUACUUGAGUAAGGCCUUCUUUACUCUCUUAUACUUUUCUUGACUUGCAAUGUCACUGAUUGGAUGUUGGAAGAAGAAAUGUGUUACAUAUUAAUCAGAUAACCUUUUGAUGUGGUAAUGUGGUAACACUUGAUCCUUGUUGUUGGGUGGUGGUGGUCAUAUUAGGUAAAAGUAACUCAAUUUGUAUGCUAAAGGUAUUGUGCAUGUUCCUUCAAAAGUGGACACAUAGUCAUGGUGUACUUCCAUUAAGCUGCAGCUGUGCAUAAUUAGGAGGCAAAUAUCUAGAUGCUAUGAUGGAUUUUCUACCUUAAUAAAUCAUACUGACAGCUUCUUAUACAUUCCUUUAAGAGGAUGUACAUCAAGGCACAAUUAUAAACAGUGGCCAUAUUGUCCUCAUGAAAUACAGGAUCAUCAUCACAGCAAUCGUCUUACUACGCCUGAUUGUCCGGUUUUGUUAUCUUCUCAACUGAUGAAUUGUGAUAAAUUAUGUGACGUGUAUACUCAACAUUGCUGCAGUUAGUCUUUAAAAGAGAAGAUGUCCUGUGUUACUGGACUUCCAAAAAUGUGUCUUUCAUUUUGUCAUUAUCUUUUAAUCUGUUAGUCAUCUUUGUCUUUAAAGUGUUUUAUUUUUUGUCAAAAACUAAAUAUCAAAUAUGUAUUAGGUAAGGGCUGAGAAGUUUAUCAAGUGUUAAUUUCAUUUAUAUGGGUUCAAUUGUGUUUUUUAAAGUUAUUUAGGGUUUUGUUGUUCCAAAAACGUCCCGUAGAGGGCAUUACUGAACCCUUCAUCAUGGUGGCUGUAGAGGUGACUGCAUGUGAUUUUCCUAGAGGUGGCAGGGCAAAUUUAUGUUGAUGAUAUUCCUAUGAAGACUCUGUAUUUGUGAAAUGAUUAUAAAUAGACAGGUACUCUUAUUUA